AUGGUGAUUCGGGGGAAGCAGCCCAGCUGCAGUGAACUGUUCCUGCUGUGCCUUUUUCUGGGACUGUUGUUGGAAGCUUGGGCCGGGAAGAUCCAAUACAUGGUGCCAGAAGAGACAGACAAAGCAUUCUUUGUGGGCAACAUCGCCAAAGACCUGGGGUUACAACCUCAGGAGCUCACGGAGCACAGAGUUCGCAUCAUCUCCAGAGGUAGGACGCAGCUUUUUGCUCUGAAUCAUCGAAGUGGCACCUUGGUCACAGCGGGCAGGAUAGACCGGGAGGAGCUCUGUGCUCAGAGUGUGCAGUGUCUGGUGAGUUUUAACAUCUUGGUAGAGGAUAAAAUGAAGCUUUACCCUGUUGAAGUGGAAAUAAUUGAUAUUAAUGACAACACUCCCCAAUUUCAGUUAGAGGAAGUAGAAUUUAAAAUGAAUGAAAUAACUACUCCAGGUACCAGGAUCCCUCUGCCUUUUGGGCAAGACCUUGAUGUUGGUAUGAAUUCACUGCAGAACUACCAGCUAAGCUCCAACCCUCAUUUCUCCCUGGAUGUUCAGCAGGGAUCUGAUGGAUCCCGAUACCCAGAGAUGGUGCUACAGAGUCCCCUGGAUAGGGAAGAAGAAGCUGUGCACCACCUCGUCCUCACCGCCUCUGAUGGGGGCAACCCAGUCCGUUCAGGAACCCUCCGCAUUCAUGUUCAGGUGGUAGAUGCAAAUGACAACCCUCCAGCAUUUACUCAAACACAGUACCACAUGAGUGUCCCGGAAAAUGUGCCACUGGGCACUCGGCUGCUUACGGUAAAAGCUACUGACCCAGAUGAAGGAGCCAAUGGGGAAGUAACAUACUCAUUUCACAAUAUAGACCAGAAAAUAGCCCAGAUAUUUCAAUUGGAUUCUGACACAGGAGAAAUAUCAAAUAAAGAAUCCCUGGAUUUUGAAGAAUACAAAAUUUAUCCAAUGGAAAUUCAAGCUCAGGAUGGUGCAGGCCUCAUGGCCAGAGCUAAGGUGCUAGUCAAAGUUCUGGACAUAAAUGAUAAUGCCCCAGAGGUAACCAUGACAUCUGUCACCACUGCAGUCCCAGAAAACUUUCCUCCUGGAACUAUCAUUGCUCUUAUCAGUGUGCAUGACCAAGACUCUGGAGACAAUGGUGACACUACAUGUUCCAUUCCUGAAAAUCUACCCUUUAAAUUAGAAAAGUUAGAUGAUAAUUAUUAUCAUUUAGUGACAGAAAGAACACUGGACAGAGAACUUACCUCCAGGUACAACAUCACAGUAACAGCAACAGAUAAGGGAAUUCCAACUCUAUCUACGGAAACCCACAUUUCACUGAAAGUGACAGAUAUCAACGACAACCCCCCUUGUUUUCCCCAGGAUUCCUACUCUAUCUUCAUUCCGGAAAACAAUCCCAGAGGCGCUUCCAUCUUCUCCUUGACAGCUCAGGAUGCUGACACCAAUGAGAAUGCACUAGUCACUUACUCCUUGGCAGAGGACACCAUUCAGGGGGCGCCUCUAUCCUCCUACAUUUCCAUCAACUCAGACACUGGCAUUUUAUAUGCCCUGCGAUCCUUCGAUUAUGAACAGUUCCGGGACCUUCAUCUGAGAGUGAUGGCGUAUGACAACGGGGAUCCCCGACUCAGCAGCAAUGUGUCGCUGAGCCUGUUUGUGCUGGACCAGAACGACAAUACGCCAGAAAUCCUGUACCCAGCGCUCCCCACCGACGGUUCCACAGGCGUGGAGCUGGCGCCCCGAUCCGCAGAGCCCGGAUACCUGGUGACCAAGGUGGUGGCGGUGGACAGAGACUCUGGCCAGAACGCCUGGCUGUCCUACCGUCUACUCAAGGCCAGCGAGCCAGGGCUCUUCACGGUGGGGCUGCACACCGGCGAGGUGCGCACUGCACGGGCCCUGCUGGACAGAGAUGCGCUCAAGCAGAGCCUGGUGGUGGCUGUGCAAGACCACGGCCAACCCCCUCUCUCGGCCACCGUCACGCUCACCGUGGCCGUAGCUGACAACAUCCCAGAUGUCCUGGCAGACCUGGGCAGUCUCAAGCCCUCAGCGGACCCUGACUCCUCAGGCCUCACGCUGUACCUGGUGGUGGCGGUGGCUGCAGUCUCCUGCAUCUUUCUGGCCUUUGUGAUCGUGCUGCUGGGACUCAGGCUGAGGCGCUGGCACUCGUCCCGUCUGCUCCAGGCUGCGAGGGUUGGAUUGGCUGGCGUGCCAGCCUCGCACUUUGUGGGCGUGGACGGGGUGGGGGCUUUCCUGCAGACCUAUUCCCAGGAGGUCUCCCUCAGGGCGGACGCCCGGGAGAGUCACGUGAUCUUCCCCCAGCCCAGCUAUGCCGACACGCUCCUCAGCCAGGAGAGCUGUGGGAAAAGCGAGCCUCUGCUGAUAACUCAGGAUUUACUUGAAGGCAAAAAGGAAGCAUUUUCUCAGGUAAACGUUUUGUAA